AUGGCGUUCACACCUCUCAAUCCCCGACCAAUGCUUCAGGCUCUUGUCGACAAGGAAGUCAUCAUCCGCCUGAAAUGGGGACAGACCGAGUACACUGGCCGCCUAGUUAGCGUUGACAGCUACAUGAACAUCCAGCUAAGUGGCGCCGAGGAGUGGGUGAAUGGGAAGAAUGAGGGCACAUUGGGUCAGGUCUUGAUACGGUGUAAUAACGUACUAUGGAUAUCUGGACGGAAACAAGGGCAUGCGAAUGGCAGUGGAGGCGACACGAAAAUGGAGGACUAG